GGGCCGCGCCACGCUCGCUCCGGCCCCGAGCCUCUCGCUGCAUCCGGCCGCAGGAGGUCGAGCGUGGCGGAGCCCCCCGACCGGGCGUCCGGAGCGCCGCUUCCAGCCCAGCCCCUGCGGCUGCCGCGCUCCCCCGCCUGCGCGAGCAGUUGGUUUCGCCCCAGCGCUAGCGGGCGCCGAGCGGGAGCAGCGCGGGAGCGGCGCAGCGACGGCGGCGACAGUGGCGGUGGCGGUUGCAGCUCGCAGCGGUUGAGACGCCUCUGCGGCAGCUGGUGGCGCAGGUGGCCGGCGUAGACGCGCGUGGGGGCGGCCAGCUCGUCCCGCAGCUACAGCGUCGCAGCCCGGCAGGCUCGUCGAGACACCCGAGGCAUCCUCCCCCGCGCGCGGGCCUCGGAGCCGCGCGCUCGCAUCUUCGGAUCGCCGCCGCCCGCCGCUCUCCUGGUCCGCGGACCCCCGCGUCGGACCCGAAACAUGACUCGCGAUUUCAAACCCGGGGACCUCAUCUUCGCCAAGAUGAAAGGGUAUCCUCAUUGGCCGGCCCGCGUGGAUGAAGUUCCUGAUGGAGCUGUAAAGCCACCCACAAACAAACUACCCAUUUUCUUUUUUGGAACUCAUGAGACUGCUUUUUUAGGACCUAAGGAUAUAUUUCCUUACUCUGAAAAUAAGGAAAAGUACGGCAAGCCGAAUAAACGAAAAGGUUUUAAUGAAGGUUUAUGGGAGAUAGACAACAAUCCAAAAGUGAAAUUUUCAAGUCAGCAGGCAUCAACUAAACAGUCAAACGCAUCAUCUGAUGUUGAAGUUGAAGAAAAAGAAACUAGUGUUUCAAAGGAAGAUACUGAUCAUGAAGAAAAAGCCAGCAAUGAAGAUGUGACUAAAUCAGUUGACAUAACUACUCCAAAAGCUGCCAGGCGAGGAAGAAAGAGAAAGGCAGAGAAACAAGGAGAAACGGAAGAGGCAGGAAUGGUGACAGCAGCCACAGCGUCUGUUCAUCUGAAAGCAAGUCCUAAAAGAGGACGGCCUGCAGCUACUGAAGUCAAGAUUCCAAAACCAAGAGGCAGACCUAAAAUGGUAAAACAGCCCUGUCCUUCAGAGAGUGACAUGGUUUCUGACGAAGACAAAAGUAAGAAAAAGGGGCCAGAGGAAAAACAACCUAAAAAGCAGCUUAAAAAGGAUGAAGAAGGCCAAAAGGAAGAGGAUAAGCCAAGAAAAGAACCAGAUAAGAAAGAGACAAAGAAAGAAGUUGAAUCAAAACGGAAAAAUUUAGCGAAACCAGGGGUUACAUCAGCCUCUGAUUCUGAAGAAGAAGGAGAUGAUCAAGAAGGUGAAAAGAAGAGAAAGGGUGGAAGAACCUUCCAGACUGCUCACAGGAGGAACAUGCUGAAAGGUCAACACGAGAAAGAAGCCGCAGAGCGGAGACGAAAGCAAGAGGAACCAAUGGAAACUGAGCAGCAGAAUAAAGAUGAAGGAAAGAAGCCAGAAGUUAAGAAAGUGGAGAAGAAGAGAGAAACAUCAAUGGAUUCUCGACUUCAAAGGAUACAUGCUGAAAUUAAAAAUUCACUCAAAAUUGAUAAUCUAGAUGUGAACAGGUGCAUUGAGGCCUUGGAUGAACUUGCUUCACUUCAGGUAACAAUGCAACAAGCUCAGAAACACACAGAGAUGAUUACAACACUAAAAAAAAUACGGCGAUUCAAAGUUAGUCAAGUUAUCAUGGAAAAGUCUACAAUGUUGUAUAACAAAUUUAAGAACAUGUUCUUGGUUGGUGAAGGAGAUUCUGUCAUCACACAAGUGCUGAAUAAAUCUCUUGCUGAACAAAGACAGCAUGAGGAAGCAAAUAAAACCAAAGAUCAAGGGAAAAAAGGGCCAAACAAAAAGUUAGAAAAGGAACAAACAGGUUCAAAGACUCUAAAUGGUGGAUCAGAUGCUCAAGACAAUAAUCAUCCACAACAUAAUGGUGAUAGUCAUGAAGAGAGCAAAGACAGCCAUGAGGCCAGCAGUAAGAAAAAGCCACCUGGAGAAGAGAAAGAGAGUGAACUAUCUCUGAAGGAUUCUACACUAGAUAACUAGGUUGACAUACCUGAAAUGUCAAGGACAUUUGAGAAAUUCGUAAUGGUUCUCAUUUGAAAUAUUUAGAUUGCUGAAAGUUUUAAAUUUUUAUAAGCAUAGGUUUUGAUGUUUAAGUUGUUUGGGGAAAGAAAAUCCCUUUACCAAUAUGUAAAAUUAAACAUCGCUAACUGUAUUUGUGCAGUAUUAACAACUACGUUACAUAGUAAGUGUAGGGAGAUCCACUUAGAAAAUGUUAGACUGCCUUUUAGAUACCGCUGUAGCAUAUUUUCAAUUUGUGUGUGUAUGUUAAUGUGUAAUAGAACAGUUGCAUUUUUUAAAAACUGCUACUUGUAUAAAUCUUUCCCCCUCCCCAGUAACAGUGCAUUUUGUGCAUAGUUGUUACAAACCUUGAACUUCCCAGACCCUUCUUUUCACUGUUUGUGGGUUUUGUACAAGUUGAGCAUUUUUACGGUUGAUAAAAUGAAUGUUACUUCUAAGUCCUCACUCCCUCCUUUGAUAAAAGUUAGCUUCAACCUCAGUCUACGUUGUGCUGCAUUACCCUGCCUCUUUGUAACAUUGUGUGGUCUGUAUGACAACUAGAUGUCCAACUGAUGUUGAACUGAUAGUUCUAGAAAGUACAAUGUAACUUUUGAAAGUAAUUUAGUUUUAUGGCUGGGAAUUCAGUGAAGU